CGCGCCCCCUCCGCGAUCCCAAAAACCUCCCGAAUCCCCUCAAAAAAACCCCAAAAAACCCCAAAAAAAAACCCCAAAACCGCCCCGGGAUCCCCCAAACCUCUCCCGCUGCCGGCGCUACCUCCGCCUGCGCCGCCAUCUUGCUGACGCACGGCGUGUGACGUCACUUCCGCCUUCUUCUUCCCCCGGCAGAGCCCCGCGGAGCCGCAGCCAUGUCGCUGGUGAUCCCCGAGAAGUUCCAGCACAUUCUGCGGGUGCUCAACACCAACAUCGACGGGCGCCGCAAGAUCGCCUUCGCCAUCACCGCCAUCAAGGUGACACUGGGGACACCUGGGGACACCAGUGGGGCUGGGGACACCGUGGGGACACUGCGGGGACAGCCUGAGGGCGUCCUGGCCAACGGCCUGGACAACAAGCUGCGCGAGGACCUGGAGCGCCUGAAGAAGAUCCGCGCCCACCGCGGCCUGCGCCACUUCUGGGGCCCCCCCAUUUCCCAGGUCCUGGCCAACGGCCUGGACAACAAGCUGCGCGAGGACCUGGAGCGCCUGAAGAAGAUCCGCGCCCACCGCGGCCUGCGCCACUUCUGGGGGCUGAGGGUGCGCGGGCAGCACACCAAGACCACCGGGCGGCGCGGGAGGACCGUGGGCGUGUCCAAGAAAAAAUGAGGGGAAAAGAGGAAUUCCGGGAAUUCCGGGAAUAAAAGAGGAUGUUUUUGGA